AUGUCUCGCAUCCUCCGACCUGCAGCUCGCCUAGCUGCCUCGACUCGGGCUCUUCGCGCUCCUGCCACUACCUCGUUCGCCCAGUCCGCCGCCGCGCGCGCUGCUCUCGCCAGGCCCGUCCUCUUCGGCUCUACCCAGACCCGAUCUUACGCUGAGGGCUCCGCCUCCGGUGUCAAGGAGGUCACCGUCCGAGAUGCGCUCAAUGAGGCUCUUGCUGAGGAGCUCGAGUCCAACCCCAAGGUCUUCGUCCUGGGCGAGGAGGUCGCCCAGUACAAUGGUGCUUACAAGGUGACCAAGGGUCUUCUGGACCGCUUCGGUGACAAGCGUGUCAUUGACACUCCCAUCACCGAGUCUGGCUUCUGUGGUCUUGCUGUUGGUGCCGCUCUCAGCGGUCUUCACCCUGUGUGCGAGUUCAUGACCUUCAACUUCGCCAUGCAAGCCAUCGAUCAGAUCAUCAACUCCGCCGCUAAGACCCUCUACAUGUCCGGUGGCAUCCAGCCCUGCAACAUCACCUUCCGUGGCCCCAACGGCUUCGCUGCCGGUGUCGGUGCUCAGCACUCCCAGGACUACUCCGCCUGGUACGGUAGCAUUCCCGGCCUCAAGGUCGUCUCUCCCUGGAGCGCCGAGGAUGCCAAGGGUCUUCUCAAGGCUGCCAUCCGCGACCCCAACCCCGUCGUCGUUCUCGAGAACGAGUUGAUGUACGGCCAGUCCUUCCCCAUGUCCGAGGCUGCCCAGAAGGACGACUUCGUCAUCCCCUUCGGCAAGGCCAAGAUUGAGCGCUCUGGCAAGGACCUGACAAUCGUCUCCCUGUCCCGCACUGUCGGUCAGUCCCUCGUCGCCGCCGAGAACCUCAAGAAGAAGUACGGUGUCGACGUUGAGGUCAUCAACCUGCGAUCCGUCAAGCCUCUCGACGUUGAGACCAUCAUCCAGUCCGUCAAGAAGACACACCGUCUCCUGUCUGUCGAGUCCGGCUUCCCCGCCUUCGGUGUCGGUUCCGAGAUCCUUGCUCUGACCAUGGAGUACGCUUUCGACUACCUUGACGCCCCCGCCCAGCGAGUCACUGGUUCCGAGGUCCCUACUCCUUAUGCCCAGAAGCUCGAAGAGAUGGCCUUCCCCACUGAGCAGCUGAUCGAGGACUACGCUGCCAAGCUGCUGCGACUGUAA